AUGAGUGAUAUUGAGAAAGAACAGGUGAGAGAUGACGUGAACGAGGCCUCUUCCGUGAUCGGUUCGAGCGAUGUUGAUGAAGCAUUCAAUGCUGCCUUGGCUUCUAAGGACCUGGUUGUUACCGAAGAGAUUAACAGGAAAUUACUAAGGAAAAUUGAUCUCUAUAUUCAGCCCGUGAUCUGGAUGCUUUACGCAUUGCAGUAUAUGGAUAAAGUUACCAAUAAUUACGCUGGUGUUAUGGGCAUCCAACAAGAUUUAAAUUUGGCGCCGAACGAAUUUGCAUGGCUUGGUACUGCAUUUUAUCUGGCAUACUUGGGAGGUGAAUUUCCGAUUGCACAAAUGCUUCAGAGGCUUCCUUACGUCAAGACAUUGUCGACAUGUAUUGUUAUUUGGGGGGUAGUUCUAUGCGCACACGCGGGUGUCUCUAAUGGGGCUGGUAUCAUUACAGCUCGUGUUUUCCUUGGUAUUUUUGAGUCUAGUAUAACUCCAGGCUUCGUGAUCCUGACUUCGCAGUGGUACAGGAAAGAGGAACAUUUUGCCAGAAUAGCUUAUUGGUUUUCCUGUAACGGGCUAGGACAGAUCCUUGGUGGAUCCAUUGCUUACGGUCUAGCUCAUCAUGCUGAAUCUUACUCGAUUGAAUCCUGGAAGAUCCUGUUCGUGAUCACGGGUCUUAUGUCCAUUUUGUUUGGUGUCCUAUUCUACUUCUACAUUCCUGACAGUCCUGCAACAGCAUGGUUCUUGACCGAAGAAGAACGUUUGUAUCAAGUUCAGCGUAUUAAAUCCAAUCAGCAGGGAUUCGGUAACAAGCGGUUUAAGCGUUACCAGUUGGUUGAGGCCUUCAAGGAUGUCCGCACUUGGAUCUACAUUGUUUGGGGAUUGACUGCUCAGAUACCUAAUGGUGGUUUGGGAUCAUUCGGAUCGAUUUUAUUGUACAAGACCUUGGGGUACUCUUCAGAAGGUGCUCUUUUAAUGGGCUUGCCACAAGGUGCCGUCCAGAUAGCGUCAGGAAUCAUCACAGGAUAUAUCGCCACGAAAACGGGCAAAAGAGUUAUUGUUGGAACUGUAAGCUGCGCGAUAACCCUGAUCGGUACUUGCCUAUUGGCUUUCACCGAUGCUCCGCACUCUCGUCUUGCUGGAUAUUAUAUAAUCCCCUUCUUUGCUAUUGGAAUUGUCACCAUAUUGGCAUCUAUCACUUCCGAUGCAGCUGGUCAUACAAAGAAGGUGACAGCAGCCUUUUUGGUUUCUUACUGUAUUGGUAACAUCAUUGGCCCUCAAACAUUCAGAGUUUCCGAUGCACCCGAAUAUCAACCCGCCAGAGUUACUAUGGUGGCCUGUAUGGUUGUUGCUACUGCUGACUUAUUCUUGUUAUUAAUCGUGAACCUUCGUGAAAACAGCAGGAGAGAUAGACUCCAAAGUGAAGAUCCAUCUUAUAGUGUGGCCCCAGAAAACGUUGAAUUCUUGGAUCUCACUGAUUUUGAGAACAAAAACUUCAGAUACUCAUCGUAG